CGGACGUGAGCGCACUUCCGAGGGAAGGCGGGACGCGGCCCGGCCGGGGGCCCUAUCACGGCGGGGCUCGGGGCAUGGCAGCAAAGAGUCCUGCAGCUGUUGCUCAAAAAAAACCUGUCUCAUCUGUCAGUGCAAGAAAAAUUAAAGAUAACACAGCAGACUGGCAUAAUUUAAUGAUGAAAUGGGAGACCCUGAAUAAUAAUGGAUUUACUAUUGCAAACAAAAUUGUAAACUUGAAAAUUGGCACACUAUUUAAAGAUAACAAACUGGAGAUAGAAUGUGACAACAUUGCCUCUGACUGUGGAAAGCUGUCUCUAGACUAUAAUGAAGAACUUGAGAUGUUCUGUGCAGAAUUGCUUGGGACCCUGGAAAACAUGGCAAAAAUACAACUGAAAAUGGAAAAACUGUGUUCAACUACUAAAGGAAUUUGUGAUUUAGAAACAUAUCAUUAUAAAAAUGGAGAUUGCAGGACACCACUCUUUCACACAUGGCCCACUACAUACUUCUAUGAGGUUUCUUUCAAGCUUACUGAAAUGUACAAGAAGGAAAUACGACUUAAGCAAACGAUUGUGCAAGAGAUUGCUCAUACUGCUGACCAGGAUCUUAUGAUGGUUUAUUUAUCGUCUUGGUUGUACCAGCCCUAUAUUGAGAACAGCAGCAAACUACUGCUAGAAAGCAUGUUGCUAGAAACAGGACAUAGACAAGUGUAGCAUUUAAGACUACUUCUAAUGAUACUCAUGUGACACUGAAGCAGCAACAAACUGCAAGGUUAAUUAUACAUUGUAUUUUUAUAAGGUUAUUAAAAUGUUUUUUUCCUCU